AUGCUAAAAAUUGGAAAAAACCAAGAAUUUGAGAUCUAUACAGAUUAGCAAAUAGGAGAAGGUGCUUUUAGCAAAGUCUAUCGCUGUUAAAAGAAAGUUGAAAACCAAAAGUAUGAAUUAUGUGCCAAAGUACAUUUACUAAUAAUCAUAGAUUAUAAACAUUACUUCUGAUAAUCAAGAAGAUAUUAAUCGUGAAUAUGAGAUUUGUUAAUUGAUCUAAUAAAAAUAAAAUCCCAAUCUAGUUACAAUUCAUUAUUUAGAAAUGAAUGAACAAAAAUCAUCCUUAUAUAUAAUUAUGGAAUAGUGCUUUUCUACCCUUCAUGAAGAUCAGUAGAAAAAAAAAAUAUAUUCGGAACAAGAAAUAUUAGAUUUUUUGUUAUAAUUUAUUAAUGGAUAUAAAGUUCUCUAUGAUUUGAAUAUUAUUCAUAGAGAUAUUAAACCAGAUAAUAUUCUAAUUUAAUUUUAUGACAAUAAGAAAUACUAUAAAUUGGCUGAUUAUGGAAUAGCCAGAAUAUGUAAAUAAAAUGAUCUAAGGAUAACCGAAAAAGGUUCUCCCUUAUUUGCAUCUCCUGAAUUAAAUUCCUUAAAUAAAGAUGAAGAUCUAAAAAAAAAUUUUGCUGAAAUGAGAUAGUAGAAUUAGAGAAGUGCUGUUGAUAUUUAUUCUGUAAUUAUUUACUUAUAUAAAGCUUGGUAUAUUAUUACAUUUGAUGGUCACUGGAAAGUAUCCAUUCAAGAGUAAAUAAUAAAGGAUAAUUGAUUUUAUGAAUAAAAUCUAAAUAGAACCUUUUUAAAUAAAAAAAUCUAUGAAUGAAAAAUUUAAACUUUUAAUAGAAAAAAUGAUUGUCUAUGAUCCAAAAUAAAGAAUGACAUUUUAAGAUCUAAUUGAAUAAAUUAAUCCCUAACUGAAUGCGAAUCUGAUAAAUAAUUAGACAAUUUUCUAAAAUAUCCUUCAAUAAAAUAGUAGAAUAAAUUAAUUUAAUGCUGCUAGAUUAUAAACUAGUUAAUCUCUAUUACUUAAUUAAUAAAAUCCAGGCCAACAACAAACCCAAAGCUUUAUAAUAAAUUAACAAAAAAAUUCACAAUAACAAUAACAAACCCCUCAAUUAAAUAUAUUACCUAAUUAAUAAAAUACUGUUAAAUAACAAAUCCCUCAAUAAAAUUUAUUACUUAAUUAAUAAAAUGCUGUUCAAUAACCAACCCCAAGUUUUCCAAUAAAUUAACAAAAUACUGCUGAAUAAAAAAUCAGCCAAUAAAAUGUAAUCCUAACUUUACAAAAUGCUUCUAGAUUCCAAACUAAUUUAGGUGUUUUAAAUUAACAAAAUCCUUUUCAAUAACAAAACCCAAGCUUGAUAAUAAAUUAACAAAACAAUUCACAAUAACAAUAACAAACCCCUCAAUAAAAUAUAUUACCUAAUUAAUAAAAUACUGUUAAAUAACAAAUCCCUCAAUAAAAUUUAUUACUUAAUUAAUAAAAUACUGUUAAAUAACAAAUCCCUCAAUAAAAUUAAUUAUUUAAUUAAUAAAAUGCUGUUCAAUAACAAACCCCUCAAUAAAAUAUAUUACCUAAUUAAUAAAAUGCUGUUCAAUAACAAACCCCUCAAUAAAAUUUAUUACCUAAUUAAUAAAAUGCUGUUCAAUAACAAACCCCUCAAUAAAAUUUAUUACCUAAUUAAUAAAAUACUGUUCAAUAACAAACCCUACAAUAAAAUUUAUUACUUAAUUAAUAAAAUGCUGUUCAAUAACAAACCCCUCAAUAAAAUUUAUUACCUAAUUAAUAAAAUACUGUUCAAUAACAAACCCUACAAUAAAAUUUAUUACUUAAUUAAUAAAAUGCUGUUCAAUAACAAACCCCUCAAUAAAAUUUAUUACCUAAUUAAUAAAAUACUGUUCAAUAACAAACCCUACAAUAAAAUUUAUUACUUAAUUAAUAAAAUGCUGUUCAAUAACAAACCCCUCAAUAAAAUUUAUUACCUAAUUAAUAAAAUACUGUUCAAUAACAAACCCUACAAUAAAAUUUAUUACUUAAUUAAUAAAAUGCUGUUCAAUAACAAACCCCUCAAUAAAAUUUAUUACCUAAUUAAUAAAAUACUGUUCAAUAACAAACCCUACAAUAAAAUUUAUUACUUAAUUAAUAAAAUGCUGUUCAAUAACAAACCCCUCAAUAAAAUUUAUUACCUAAUUAAUAAAAUACUGUUCAAUAACAAACCCUACAAUAAAAUUUAUUACUUAAUUAAUAAAAUGCUGUUCAAUAACAAACCCCUCAAUAAAAUUUAUUACCUAAUUAAUAAAAUACUGUUCAAUAACAAACCCUACAAUAAAAUUUAUUACUUAAUUAAUAAAAUGCUGUUCAAUAACAAACCCCUCAAUAAAAUUUAUUACCUAAUUAAUAAAAUACUGUUCAAUAACAAACCCUACAAUAAAAUUUAUUACUUAAUUAAUAAAAUGCUGUUCAAUAACAAACCCCUCAAUAAAAUUUAUUACCUAAUUAAUAAAAUACUGUUCAAUAACAAACCCUACAAUAAAAUUUAUUACUUAAUUAAUAAAAUGCUGUUCAAUAACAAACCCCUCAAUAAAAUUUAUUACCUAAUUAAUAAAAUACUGUUCAAUAACAAACCCUACAAUAAAAUUUAUUACUUAAUUAAUAAAAUGCUGUUCAAUAACAAACCCCUCAAUAAAAUUUAUUACCUAAUUAAUAAAAUACUGUUCAAUAACAAACCCUACAAUAAAAUUUAUUACUUAAUUAAUAAAAUGCUGUUCAAUAACAAACCCCUCAAUAAAAUUUAUUACCUAAUUAAUAAAAUACUGUUCAAUAACAAACCCUACAAUAAAAUUUAUUACUUAAUUAAUAAAAUGCUGUUCAAUAACAAACCCCUCAAUAAAAUUUAUUACCUAAUUAAUAAAAUACUGUUCAAUAACAAACCCUACAAUAAAAUUUAUUACUUAAUUAAUAAAAUGCUGUUCAAUAACAAACCCCUCAAUAAAAUUUAUUACCUAAUUAAUAAAAUACUGUUCAAUAACAAACCCUACAAUAAAAUUUAUUACUUAAUUAAUAAAAUGCUGUUCAAUAACAAACCCCUCAAUAAAAUUUAUUACCUAAUUAAUAAAAUACUGUUCAAUAACAAACCCUACAAUAAAAUUUAUUACUUAAUUAAUAAAAUGCUGUUCAAUAACAAACCCCUCAAUAAAAUUUAUUACCUAAUUAAUAAAAUACUGUUCAAUAACAAACCCUACAAUAAAAUUUAUUACUUAAUUAAUAAAAUGCUGUUCAAUAACAAACCCCUCAAUAAAAUUUAUUACCUAAUUAAUAAAAUACUGUUCAAUAACAAACCCUACAAUAAAAUUUAUUACUUAAUUAAUAAAAUGCUGUUCAAUAACAAACCCCUCAAUAAAAUUUAUUACCUAAUUAAUAAAAUACUGUUCAAUAACAAACCCUACAAUAAAAUUUAUUACUUAAUUAAUAAAAUGCUGUUCAAUAACAAACCCCUCAAUAAAAUUUAUUACCUAAUUAAUAAAAUACUGUUCAAUAACAAACCCUACAAUAAAAUUUAUUACUUAAUUAAUAAAAUGCUGUUCAAUAACAAACCCCUCAAUAAAAUUUAUUACCUAAUUAAUAAAAUACUGUUCAAUAACAAACCCUACAAUAAAAUUUAUUACUUAAUUAAUAAAAUGCUGUUCAAUAACAAACCCCUCAAUAAAAUUUAUUACCUAAUUAAUAAAAUACUGUUCAAUAACAAACCCUACAAUAAAAUUUAUUACUUAAUUAAUAAAAUGCUGUUCAAUAACAAACCCCUCAAUAAAAUUUAUUACCUAAUUAAUAAAAUACUGUUCAAUAACAAACCCUACAAUAAAAUUUAUUACUUAAUUAAUAAAAUGCUGUUCAAUAACAAACCCCUCAAUAAAAUUUAUUACCUAAUUAAUAAAAUACUGUUCAAUAACAAACCCUACAAUAAAAUUUAUUACUUAAUUAAUAAAAUGCUGUUCAAUAACAAACCCCUCAAUAAAAUUUAUUACCUAAUUAAUAAAAUACUGUUCAAUAACAAACCCUACAAUAAAAUUUAUUACUUAAUUAAUAAAAUGCUGUUCAAUAACAAACCCCUCAAUAAAAUUUAUUACCUAAUUAAUAAAAUACUGUUCAAUAACAAACCCUACAAUAAAAUUUAUUACUUAAUUAAUAAAAUGCUGUUCAAUAACAAACCCCUCAAUAAAAUUUAUUACCUAAUUAAUAAAAUACUGUUCAAUAACAAACCCUACAAUAAAAUUUAUUACUUAAUUAAUAAAAUGCUGUUCAAUAACAAACCCCUCAAUAAAAUUUAUUACCUAAUUAAUAAAAUACUGUUCAAUAACAAACCCUACAAUAAAAUUUAUUACUUAAUUAAUAAAAUGCUGUUCAAUAACAAACCCCUCAAUAAAAUUUAUUACCUAAUUAAUAAAAUACUGUUCAAUAACAAACCCUACAAUAAAAUUUAUUACUUAAUUAAUAAAAUGCUGUUCAAUAACAAACCCCUCAAUAAAAUUUAUUACCUAAUUAAUAAAAUACUGUUCAAUAACAAACCCUACAAUAAAAUUUAUUACUUAAUUAAUAAAAUGCUGUUCAAUAACAAACCCCUCAAUAAAAUUUAUUACCUAAUUAAUAAAAUACUGUUCAAUAACAAACCCUACAAUAAAAUUUAUUACUUAAUUAAUAAAAUGCUGUUCAAUAACAAACCCCUCAAUAAAAUUUAUUACCUAAUUAAUAAAAUACUGUUCAAUAACAAACCCUACAAUAAAAUUUAUUACUUAAUUAAUAAAAUGCUGUUCAAUAACAAACCCCUCAAUAAAAUUUAUUACCUAAUUAAUAAAAUACUGUUCAAUAACAAACCCUACAAUAAAAUUUAUUACUUAAUUAAUAAAAUGCUGUUCAAUAACAAACCCCUCAAUAAAAUUUAUUACCUAAUUAAUAAAAUACUGUUCAAUAACAAACCCUACAAUAAAAUUUAUUACUUAAUUAAUAAAAUGCUGUUCAAUAACAAACCCCUCAAUAAAAUUUAUUACCUAAUUAAUAAAAUACUGUUCAAUAACAAACCCUACAAUAAAAUUUAUUACUUAAUUAAUAAAAUGCUGUUCAAUAACAAACCCCUCAAUAAAAUUUAUUACCUAAUUAAUAAAAUACUGUUCAAUAACAAACCCUACAAUAAAAUUUAUUACUUAAUUAAUAAAAUGCUGUUCAAUAACCAAACCCAAGCUUCACAAUAAAUCAAAAAAAUGCUCAAUAAUAAAACUCUCUAUAAAAUAAUCCACUCAAUUAAUAAAGUGUUCCUAAAUAACUAAAUCCUGAAAACACAUCAAUUAACAUAUCAAAAUUUCAAAUAGCAAAAUCCGAAACAAAUAAUUAAAUAAAAACAAUUAAUAUUAAAGCUGUAUUGACUAAUUAUUUACAAAAAUCUAUGUAACUAUUUUAAAUAUAAAAGAUAAAUUUAUAAAAAUAUUUUGGAUCAUGCUAAAUUAAAAGCUGUAGAAGAUUACAUUCUAGGAAAUUGUAAAUUAAAUGAGAUUCAAAAUUUAUUUGAUAACUUUGACCAAACAUUAGAUUAUACAAAAGAGGACAUCUAAUUUUAUUACUGCUUGAAAUAAGGAUUAAAGAAUAAUAUAGUUAUCAAUAUAAUAUCAACAGAGGAAUAAUUAGAAGAUUUAAAAAGUGGAAAAAAUUGA